AUGCUUCUUCUUAUGAUAAACGGAGAACCAAGCUGUUUCAACGAAGCUAAAGGAUCAGCUAAGUGGACUCUAGCUUGCAAGGACGAAAUUGAUUCUAUCAACAAGAACAAGACCUGGUUUUUGGUUGAAAGAACAAGUGACAUGAAGGUCAUUAGUCUCAAGUGGAUUUUCAAGCUCAAGAAGAACGCUGACAACAGAAUCAACAAAUACAAAGCAAGACUGGUGGCAAAAGGAUAUGUUCAAGAAUCUGGGAUAAAUUUUGAUGAGGUCUUUGCGCCAGUAGCUCGCAUUGAAACAAUUCGAUUGUUGAUUGCUUUGGCAGCACCACAUGGCUGGGAGAUUCAUCACUUAGACAGCUUUCUUGCAUGGAGAGCUAAAAGAAGAUCUCCAAGGUGUUGGAACACGAAACUUGAUCAAAUCCUAAAAGGUUUGGGAUUCAAGAAGUGUGCAAAGGAGAGUGCUGUCUAUCGUAAACAAGAAGGAGGGAGCCUUCUUAUCAUUGCUAUCUAUGUGGAUGAUCUGUUCGUGACCGGAAACACACUCAAAGCGAUUGAUGAAUUCAAGGCAGGAAUGUCAUCAAAGUUUGAGAUGUCGGACCUUGGUAAGCUCACUUAUUACCUCGGUAUUGAAGUGAAUCAAGGAGAAGAUGGAAUAGAGAUCAAACAAGAAGGAUAUGCACGGAGAAUCAUAAAGGAAGCUGGUCUAGAUGAUUGCAAUCCAACACAAAUACCCAUGAAGUUCGGUUUGAAAGUGUCAAAGGCUCUAGAGGAGACUGAGAUAGUUCCCAAGAACUACAGAAGAAACGUUGGGUGUUUGAGGUACUUGCUACAUACAAGACCAGAUUUGGCUUUCAGCGUUGGAGUUUCUAGUAGAUAUAUGCAGAGUCCUCGUAAGUCACAUGGUGAUUUAAUGAAGCAUAUACUACGAUAUCUCAAGGGUUCUUAUGCUUAUGGCUUGAAGUAUGGUCGAGGAUCAAAAACGCUCACCGGUUUUAGUGACAGCAGCCACAACAUCGAUCAAGAUGACGGAAGAAGUACAACAGGUCACAUGUUCUACUUUGGGACUUCACCAAUCACUUGGUGUUCUCAAAAACAGGACAUGGUUUCACUUUCUUCAUGUGAGGCUGAGUUCAUGGCAGCAACGGAAGCAGAAAGACAAGCCAUAUGGCUUCAAGAACUCUUAGGCGAGAUAACAAGAGAAGAGGUCAAACAAGUCACGAUCAAGAUAGACAACAUCUCAGCAAUCGCUCUCACCAAGAACCCUGUGUUUCACGGCAAGAGCAAACAUAUUCACAAGCGCUAUCAUUUCAUUCGAGAAUGCAUUGAAAGAGAGCUAGUUGAUGUGGAGCAUGUGCCAGGAACGGAACAGAAGGCGGAUAUCUUGACUAAGGCAUUAGCAAGAAUCAAGUUCGUGGAAAUGAGAAGCUUCAUUGGAGUUCAAGAUAUGUCCAGAACCAAGUCGAAGCUUAAGAGGGAGAUUGUUGGAUAA